GCUGAUUCUGUGGCUACAAAUGCCCAUGUCCUAGACUCCUAUCCAUUACAGACAGACUUGCAACAAGGAGAGUCAUGUAUUAUAAAUAUGCUCUGAGUCUAUAAGUAAGUUGCAGUGUGAUUAUUGAUUAAUCAUGGAGUUGCAGCAGCAUGUAUUGGUCGUGCCAUGCCCGGCACAAGGCCAUGUCACGCCGCUCAUCAAACUGGCGUACAACUUGGCUUAUCACGGGAUCAAGGUCACAUUUGCCAAUUCUGAAUACAUUGAAGCAAAGGUUCUUGCUGUGAUAUCUGAUGUAGACAGAGAACAAUGUCCAAUAACACUAGUCGCCUACUCAGACGGAUUGGACUCACACCCUGAACAAAGAUACGGACAAGGGUUGAUGGAUGGCCUUAAGAAAUACAUGCCAGCCAAUCUGGAAAAGUUGAUCAAGCAGAUCAAUCACUCGGAUAACAAGGAGCCACUUACUUGUGUCAUAGCUGAUCUGACAGUCGGAUGGUCACUAGAAGUUGCCAGGAAAAUGGGGCUUAAACAGGUUGCAGUUUGGCCUGCAGGACCUGGUUGUUUGGCCUUGGCACUUCGUAUCCCAAAACUUAUAAAAGAAGGAGUCAUAGAUGAAUAUGGUUCAGCAAUUCAAGAUGAGCUCAUCUGUAUAUCAGAAGAAAUUCCUGGGCUGAAAAGCAGCGAGCUCACUUGGAACCGUUCUGGUGAUUCAGCUGGACAGAAAUUUCUAUUUGACAUUGCUCUAGCUACCAAACAGGCUGCUGAAAGUGCUAGCAUCAUUCUAUGCAACACCUGUGAUGAAAUUGACUCAUCCUCCUGUGCCUUGGUUCCUAACAUCCUUCCAAUCGGUCCACUACCUGCGAUGAAAAACUUAAAUCCUUCAAUUGGAACUUUUUCGUCUCAAGAUUCGUCAUGUUUAAGCUGGCUAGACAAACAACCUUCAAACUCGGUCAUUUAUAUUGCUUUUGGCAGCACAGCACUGUUUUCCCAGAAGCAGUUUGAUGAAAUAGCACUUGGUCUUGAACUAUCAGGGCAAUUGUUUUUAUGGGUUGUACGAUCAAACAUCGUCAACAGAUCAUCAGCUGAAUUCCCUGAUGGCUUUCUGGAAAGAACAUCCAGCCGGGGAAAGAUUGUUGAAUGGGCGCCUCAAGAAAAGGUUCUUGCUCAUACUUCAGUUUCUUGUUUCGUUUCACAUUGUGGAUGGAACUCAACAAUGGAGGGAGUGAGCCACGGGCAACCAUUUCUGUGCUGGCCUUAUUUCUGGGAUCAAUUUCAGAACAAGAGCUAUAUCUGUGACGCGUGGAAAGUUGGUCUGGAACUCAAGUACGACGAAGAUGGGAUCAUAUCCAGGCAUGAGAUCAAGACUAAGAUUGAUCAACUAUUAACUGAUGAUGGUAUCAAGGCAAAUGCAUUGAAGCUGAUGGGGGAUGCCAGAAAGAGUGUAAAUGAAGGGGGCUCUUCGUACCAGAAUUUUGAAAGCUUGAUCAAGUACCUAAAAGCCUGAAUUCAUCAAAGAUGCUUGUUGCUGCUUUGUUGUCGUUACUUAAAGUUACAAAUGGCGACAGCCCUUCAUGUUUAGGCAGUCUAGCUUGAUUUUCCAUCGUCAACUUGUUUUUUACUUGUCUUCUUCAUUUCCCAUGUCAGUAAGAAGCUACAGUCGUGGGUUUUUCCGAACGUUGAUGGUUUUUCUUUGAUCGAGGUUGAUGGUUUUUCUUUGAUCGAGGUUAAUGGUUUGAAGGAUGUUCUGAUGUUUUACUA